GACGACUUCCGAAUACAUUGAGGAAAGGUAACCGAUUUCAUCAAGAUGGCGGGUAGCGGUGGCUUUAAAUUUGGAUCAACAGGAACCAGUGGAGGUGGCUUUUCAUUUGGAAAUACUAGUGCAAGUACCAAACCUACUGGGCUCUCAUUCGGCACUCCUGCAUCUACCUCUCAAGCUCCAACUGGAGUAGCAACAGGGUUCAAGUUUGGAGGAGCAGCAUCCCAAGCAACAGGUGGACUACAACUAGGAGGUGCAACAGCUACAUCUCAAGCUAGUAAACCUCUUGGUUUUGGACUGGGGUCCACAGCUACUACUUCUGCUGCAGGUACUGGUCUCACUUUAGGAACACCAAGUACUGGUACAGGUCUAUCUCUCGGUGGUACCCUUGGAGGUACCCUAGGAGGUACCAGCACUGGCACUGGUCUUACUUUGGGUGGCGCAAAGCCUGGUGGGUUGACCCUUGGUGGAUCUAAACCAGCUGGAACCGGAUUCAGUCUGGGAGGAACCUCAGGGACCGGACUCACUCUGGGAGGUGCAACAGGGACAGGUCUUGGCCUUGGAGGGACCGGUACCACAUCUUCUGGGCUAACACUUGGUGCUGUUUCUACCAGUGGAGCGUCAACCGGCCUUGCACUAGGUGUCGUUGCACCUACAGCUAAGGUUGGCCUGGGUGGUGUGGACCCAUCAACUCUUUCUACUUCCACUGCUACUUCAACCUCAAGUACUGCAUCAGAUUCAACUGGUAAAGGACAAGGUGUCAAGGAGAGUGAAGUGCCUCAACCAAUAUGUCAGAAUGUAAAGAAUUUCAAAGAGUAUGUUAAGAAGCAAAAAUCCACUCGCGAGGAGAUUUUACGUUUCUCUGACAAGCCCCUCCAUCGAGUACGUGAGGAGACAGCAGCCCUCCAUCAGCUCCUCCGGCAAGCCUCCAGCAGCCUCCAACGGAAUGCUGCUGCUGUCCGUAAGCUGAAGGAACAGUCUGCUCAGCAGCUAAAGGAUGUAGAGAUAGCACAGAGGACGAGGGAGAUACCAGCUGCUCUACAGCUUGAAUACUCUGCACCUACAGAGUAUUUCCAGAGACUUGUUUAUCAGUUUGAGCAAGAUAUGGUGUUAUGUAGACAACAGAUUGAACAGAUGGAGAGUUUCAUGGCUGCCCUGGAGCAACCUGCUUCAUAUUCACCUCAGGAGCUAUCCAAUAUCAUGGUGAAGCUUAACGAGACCUUUGUUGCUUUGGCUGCCCAGCUGCAAGGUGUUCAUGAAAUCAUCAAGGCCCAGAAGGAGCAGUACUUGAACUAUCGUCGGGUGUAUCUAGGAGACUCACAGGAUGUCUUCUCAGCCCGUCGUAAGCUAGCGGAGAGACAGACCAGAUCCAAGACCCAGUCCAAGGGUCCUCAACCCUUCACACAGUUUCCUAAUAUGGCUCUGGUUAUGGCAACCGCUAUGCAGUCCGCUCAAAAACCAACUGGUAUGGGAGGUGGCUUGCAAACUGGUCUCGGUACCACCACAGGUUUGGGAGGCACUACUACAGGAUUGGGUGGUACUGCUGUCGGAUUAGGUGGUACCACAACAGGGUUGGGCGGUGCAGGUUCAACCUUUGGAGGCACAUCUGGCUUUGGCACUGGCUUCCAGAACAAAGGCUUUGGAACUGGCACAGGAACCUUUGGCACAGGCUCAACACUAGGAACAGGCCUAGGUUCGACCUCAUCAACCUUUGGUGGUGGAACAGGCGGUCUAUUUGGUAGCAACCCAGCAACUACAACUUCAGCAACUGGUUUUAAUUUUGGAGGUAGUCUAAGUGCAGGUCCCACUCUAGGCUCUACUGGUACAACAGGUGGUGGAUUUGGUGGCUUUGGGACUACACCAGGUACCUCAUUUGGAUCGACCACAACAGGAAAGCCUUUACAACUUCAGAAACCCCCUCUUAAGACGCGGAAGAGCACACGAUGAUAUUGUAAUCCAGUUACCGAAUUAGAAACCAUGACGACCAAAGUUGACCACCACCCGAUAUUAUAUUUUACAAAGAGAGCUUCAAACACACAAAUAUCUAUCUAUCUGGAUUUAUAUAAACUUUUGUGGGGUUUUCGUACAAUGGAAUCUCAAUACAUGACGAUACGUAUUUAUAUGGUGUACAUGAACAUGUUAAAACACCGUAACAAAAGUCACAGCUGUGUCUUUCCUGCAGGAAUCCUGUGCAGCAUCUUUUCCUUGCUAAUCCUUCAAUAUUAGCACAAACAUAACACUUGAAAUACAGAAAGAAGCUGAGAGGGAUUCCUGCUAAACGAUGCUUUAAAUACUGUUCCUAAAGAUCUUAGAUAUGCUAACUUGUAUUAUGCAUUUUAGUUAACUCUUAAUAUUCAUUUCAGGUGGUGUGAAUUCUUAUAAAGGUUUGUUUACAGAGUUUUAAUUGUGGUAUUCUGAUAAUUCAUCCUGGUUUUUAAUCCCGACUAAAAUUGUAAUUGCUUAUACGAGCAUGGCGUUAUACCAGCAGAAGGCUGUCCUGCCGAGUUCCUACAGGAGUUAACCAUAACAGAAACAGACUAAACAUAAAGUUUAUGAAUACACUUUUAUGGAAUGCUAGGUUUUGUCUUCCUCAUUCACUGUUCAGGACAGACAAGAUGGAGCAAAGAAUAACCUUAACAUGUAUUCAUAGUCAUUCCAUUGUGAAAUAUUUCUUUUACACUUGUGGCUGCAUGAAUUUAAUAGUCUGUUCUUAGUGAAUGAAUUGGCAACUGCCAUUGCAUAAGAAAUAUGGUCAAAGUUAACCCAAGGUUAAAAUGUUAAAAUUUAAAAGCUCUAGUUGUUGCCUAUAGAUGAUUGUAUAAUUGUCUUAUGAUUUGUUAAUUUCAAGUUGGAUAAUUAAAUCAGUAAGGUCCUCUGUCAUUUUGAUAGUCAGUCUUUGAAUCUAAUAUGCCAUGAAAGAAACCAAAAGAAAUAAUCUGGUCAAGAGAUUAUGGAAGAUGUUAUCCCUCAUCAGAGAAGAAAAGUAUUUUUUCAUAAUUUUCUGAAUUACAAUUCAUGUCAGUGCAAGAACGCUCUUAACACCACACUUUCGUGAAUCGCUUGCAUGCAAAAACGCCUAUAGCAGCGCACAAACAGGCAUUGCGUAAGGGGGCUUCUGCACCAAGUGGGUGUGCGGAAAUGUUUUGCUAAGGGCAUUCUUUCACCAACACAACAUAUUGAGUUUGAUAAUCUUCCAUUCAUUAAAUGUGUAAUUGAUAGCUAAAAUAUGGUCUCAAAGGAGUUUUUGACAAUUUUGUACUAUAUGCAAGUAGGAUACAUGUGGUCUUUACUUCUUGUCAUCACACAAAAAUAAAUAGGCAAGAACAAAGUAUACAUAUACAAAUAAUUGUAUUUCUUCUGAGUAUAAAGAGCUACAACCAUAAACGGUGAUUCACUGUCCAUGCAAACGGGAACAUGUAUAGUGUGUGAAUAAACAUCACCCUGUUUUGUAAAGUUCAAAGUAUAAACUUGAUCAUGUGACAAGAAUCAGCGUAAUUGACCUAAGCCUUCUGGCAAGGUCUCCCUUUGUAUAUGGUCUGAUGUGGAAAGACUACACUCAUGUGCUAUGAACAGCAUUGACAGCUUGUAACUAUGUAGCCUUUAUCAGCUGUUAAUUGCAGUGUAAUGAA